CUAAUCUUUAAGUCACACAAACAAACUUCAAGAUGAAGUAUUUUGUUGUUAUUGCCUUUUUGGGAUAUGUUGCUGCUGCCUCUUUUGGCCGCUCUCCUGAUAUCGUGCCUAUUCCUGGCGGUAUGAGUGGGGAUGGUAUUACCACCCGUUACUGGGAUUGUUGUGCUCCGUCAUGUGCCUAUUAUGGUUUUAUCAAAACUAAGAACGGCAUUCCUGACCAGACCUGCCAAGUUGAUGGCGUUACUAAUAGUACCAGAGAAAACAACGCUCAAUCAGGAUGUGAACAAGGGGGAGUCGCCUAUACGUGCAGUAACCAACAACCUUACGUUAUAAACGACACCUUGGCAUUUGGGUGGUCAGCUGUUUCUUUCCAAGGUGGUGUAGAUACGUCCAAAUGUUGCCACUGUAUUUUGUUGUCUUUCAAGGACCAGUUGGCUGGAAAACAAAUGUUGGUUCAAAUUGUUAACACUGGAUCGGACUUGGGUGAAAAUCAAUUCGAUCUCCAAAUCCCCGGAGGUGGUGUCGGCAUCUUUAAUCUUGGAUGCAUGACCCAAUGGGGAACUGGUGAAGAUGGUUGGGGUAGAAGAUACGGAGGUGUUUCGACAAUUGAAGAGUGCUCUAUUCUACCAGAAGUAUUACAACCUGGAUGCAGAUUUAGGUUUCAGUUUUUGGAAGGAGUCGACAAUCCUAAAGUUAGCUUUCAAGAAGUGAAAUGUCCUGCUGAACUUGUUGCUGUGUCCGCUUGUGGAGAUUUAGAUUAAAAUGGAAAAUUAACGUUCUGUGAACGCUGUACUCUUAUAAGAUAAAAUAUAGUUAUAUUUUAAUACUAA